AUGAAGCUUUUGUACACGACAUUUGACGUAAUGGUAUCUGUUUCAGAAAUAAAAAAUCAAAUACUGGGUUACAGGGUCAAUAAUAUUUACGAUGUGGAUAAUAAAACAUAUCUUCUAAAACUUGCUAGCACGAAGUCUGACGACAAGGCGAUAUUGCUUUUAGAAUCUGGCUCACGCUUACAUAUUACUGAUUUUGACUGGCCAAAAAAUAUCAUGCCGUCAGGAUUUUCCAUGAAGCUGCGUAAACACAUACGAAACAAGAAGAUCGUUGAUAUCUCCCAAAUAGGAGCCGAUCGCGUUGUUGAUAUCCAGAUUGGUUAUGAGUCUUCUGCUUAUCAUUUAAUUGUGGAGUUGUACGACCGGGGGAAUAUGCUUCUUACUGAUGACUCAUUUACGAUCCUUCACUUGCUGCGUCCCCGAACUGAUAAAAAUCAGAAUAUUCGAUUUGCAGCCCACGAGAAGUAUCCUACAACUUCCUGUCGCCAGAUCCUGGAAUGUUUUCGCGACUUAAAAGACCAAAAAUCUUUAAAGGAUAUUGAGGAUUUCCUCAUUCCAUUAUUCCAAUCAUCUAAGGGACCUUGGACUUCCAAUACACAAACAUGUGACAACCCUUCCAUAAACAAAACGUUAUCUUUGGAAUUACCUUAUGGCAGCGUCAUCAUAGAACACUGCAUACGUGUAGCCGGAAAUAAAGUCAAGCAGAUGAAACAUCAUAAAGAAGAUUUCCAGCUACAAUCUGAAAAAACAGACUUGAUAGAGUUGUACGUCAGACACUUCGCUAUGGCUUUGAGAGAUAUUUUACUAGAACCAUUCUUAUGUGACCGUCAAGCGACUCCACGUGGUUAUAUAUUUGGGAAAUCCUAUCAAUCUGCGGACGAAGGUUUGCAAACUUAUGAAGAAUUUCACCCAUUCAUAUUCGAACAAUAUCGAAAUAAACCUCACUUAGUAUUUGACAGUUUCAAUAAGGCAGUGGAUGCAUACUUUUCAAAAAUUGAAAGUCAGAAAACAUUAGAACAAAUUUCACGAAAUGAACAAAAGGCUAGUAGAAAAGUUGAAAAUAUUAAAAAAGAUCAGGAACGGCGUUUACUGUUACUAAAAACUGAACAAGAGUUAGAUAUGCGAAAGGCCUACCUGCUUGAAGCUAAUCGUCGGCUUGUUGACAAUAUUAUUAUCAUGAUCAAUCACGCAUUAUCAAAUCAAAUAGAUUGGAAAGAAUUAGAAUCAAUCGUUGAAGAAGCAAAACAACGUGAUGAUCCACUUGCCUGUCAUAUUGUCGAGUUAAAAUUACAAACAAGUCAGGCUGUCAUACGUUUAAAAGACCCUUUUGAAAGUUCAAGCGAUGUUGAAGAAACCUUAGUGAGAUCAGGCAAGAAAGAUGAAUAUACAGAAGUAGUUGUAGAUAUAGACGUCAAUGCUCUAACCAAUGCACGAAAAUAUUAUGAUAAGAAACGAGCUGCUAGUAAAAAAGAAGAAAAAACUAUCAGCGUUUCGCGCAAAGUCUUGAAAUCGGCCAUACACAAUGCUGAAAUGAAAAUGAAAACCGCUAAAACUGUUGCACAAAUUACAGAAGUUCGUAAACCAAUGUGGUUUGAAAAAUUCUUCUGGUUUAUCAGUUCAGAAAAUUACUUGGUUGUUGCUGGUCAUGAUUCACAACAAAAUGAAGUAUUGGUAAAACGUUACUUAAAACCGGGCGAUAUAUUUGUUCAUGCAGAUAUACAUGGUGCUAGCACUGUUAUAAUAAAGGCCCGACAUUUAACUUCUGAAGAGGUAGAUUCUUCGAACCGUCAGGACCUAUUGCAUCAACACAGUUUACCACUACCCCCUCCAAAAACCUUGUUAGAAGCCGGAAAUAUGGCGGUAGUAUUAAGUUCUGCAUGGCAAAGUCAUGUUCUAACAAGAGCUUGGUGGGUCCAUCAUGAUCAAGUUUCAAAAACAGCUCCAAGUGGUGAAUACCUUACAUCUGGUGCAUUUAUGAUACGUGGGAAGAAAAACUAUUUACCUCCAUGUCCCUUCGAUUAUGGAUUUGGAAUUAUGUUUAAGUUACAUGAGGAUUCUAUAGCUAAACAUAAAGGAGAGCGUCGCAUCAUCAUUAUAGACACUCCAUCUUAUGAAGUGCCCGUUAAUCAGUUCGAAUUGUUAAUUAUCCAGAAUAAUGAGAAAACUACAGAAUUUCCUGAUGCCCUUCUUCAACUUGAUUUAGCAAAUGAUCUUCCCAGACAUAAAGAUCCUGAUGUAUCGGAAAUUUUAUCGGAAAAUCCUUUUAAAAAAGUUAAGACAAAAGGUCAAAAGGUUGAAAAAUCGAAACCAACCAGGAAAACAACAAAUUUAAAUAAAGAAACCGUUGAAGCAAACAAGAAACUCAAUGAACCAUUACUGCCAUCGGCUGGCCAGCCGGUUUUAAAACGUGGUCAGAAAGCUAAGCUAAGAAAAAUUAAACAAAAAUACAAAGAACAGGAUGAUGAAGAAAGAAAUCUUCGUAUGAAAAUACUUCAGGGGGACGAUGCUAAACCAAGUCAUUAUCACCAAAUUCUUGAACGUGAUCACUUUUCAAAUUUAAUUAAAAUCCCACAAUCUGUACUGGAUACUCAAGUUGUUCACAAUUCAGAUAGUAUACAAAAUAAUCAACCUGACUGUGAUAAUAAUGAAUCAUUCAGUAAUUCGAGCAGUGAAAUCGACAAUCAUUCUGUCAAAUCAGAUGAAAGUGAAGAGGGUUCAAAAUCUUUAGAAGUUAAUCAUGUAAAAACUAAUGAUGAUAACGAAGGUACGCCAGUUGAAUCGAAAGAUGAUUUAACUUCGUUGUUAAAUUCGUUGACUGGUCAGCCCAAUGAUGAUGAUUUACUAUUGUAUGCUAUUCCAGUCUGUGCUCCUUAUUCAGUUCUAUUAAAGUAUAAGUUCAGAGUGAAACUGAACCCAGGAACUACAAAGCGAGGAAAAGCAUCAAAAAUGGCGUUGUUCCAGUUUACGUCGGACAAAUCCACAAACAACAGAGAACGAGAAUUAAUACGUGCAAUGAAAGAUGAAGAAGUAUCGCGUAAUUUCCCAGGAUGUGUAAAGUUAACGUUAUCUCAAGUUAAGCCCUCACGAAAAAAAUAA